AUGCCAUACGCUCAUCCACAUGCAGUGAAAGAAUCAAUGAACGGAAUCGAUGAGAACAUAAAGAAUGACGAAGAUGUGGCUUUCGAGUACGAAAUUCAAAAGACACCACAGAGCGUACUUACGUGGAAACGAUACCUCCAGUAUUGGGAAAAUAACGGGAGAACAGAUGAUCAGAUUAGGUGGCUAUAUGAAAGAUUUUGCUCCCAAUUUUCAACUGAUACAAGUAUAUGGGAAGAAUAUAUACGAUGGGAAUCGACUAGAAAAGUAAUCGGAGCCUCACGUAUUUUAUCGCUAUUCCAAAGAUGUUUAAAAGAGUGUGUUCAAGAUUGCGAUAAGAUAUGUCUGUCCUAUUUGGAGUUAGCGAUAGAACAAUGUGAUUUGACGACAAUAAGGGACGCUAUGAAUUUAUCUUUAAUAAGAGUAGAUACCAAGAUGCAUUCAAAAGUUUGGGAACCUGUUUUGCGAUUCAUCACAGAAAAGUUUUUACUUUUAACACAGUUAGAUUCGACGCAAGAGGAAGAUGAAGAAAAUGUUGAUGAAGCUGAAUUAAUAAAUAUACUUUUGACAAAAGGUUUCACAAAAAUAGGCUUUAUCAGUGAAGAAAUAGUGGAAAGUAAAAGUAUAGGUGAUGUUUGGUCGGCCCAAAUUUUAGAAAGAUAUCUAAGAGUGACGCCCCAGCAAAAACAACAUGAAGUCCUGAUGACUCUCGCGAAAACAAGAGAUAAUUCUACCGUCAAUUCAGUGUACAAAAAAUAUUUAAUAAAAGAUAGAGAUAGUGGCAAGUAUUUUCCCAAUCCAAAAUUAACAUUUUCGCUAAAUUUCAACUAUUUGGUCACCCUGGAAAAACUGGGUUUAGAUGAGCAAUACGAGGAAUUCAUGAAUCAGAUGAAAGUUUUAUAUGCUGAAAACUGGGUCUUUUUGACUUUGUCCCUUGCCAGACAUUACACUUCUCGUGGUAGGCUUGACCAAUGUGAAGAUUUGCUGCAAAAAAGUUUACAGGAAACAAUGAAGUAUACUGACUUUGAUCGUGUUUACAGUUUCUACCUCCUUUUUGAGCAACAAUGCUCUCAAAUUAUUUUAGAAGAGUUAAAAGACAAUAGCCCCAAGUCCUUUAAUCGAGAAGAAUGGGUUGCAAAAUUACAACGCCACAUGGCGACAUUUGAAUCUUUAGUAAAUUCACAUGAUAUAUACUUGAAUGAUCUAGCAUUAAGGCAAGACCCUCAUGUGGUUGAGACGUGGAUGAAAAGAGUGGCUUUACAAGAAACACCUGCGGCGAAAUGUAAUGUAUAUGCAGAGGCCGUAUUGAAGAUUGAUCCUCUCAAAGUAAACACGCCCGGUUCUUUUGGUAAACUAUGGCGCCUAUAUGGAGAUCUGUAUUGGGAUAAGAAGGCCACUAGUACAGCAAGGGAGUUAUGGGCACAGGCUCUGAAAGUACCAUUUCCUUUCGUACAAGAUCUGGAAGAAAUUUAUUUAAACUGGGCUGAGAAAGAAUUAGACAACGAAGGAAUUGAGAGAACGAUUUGCAUACUUGAAGAUGCAUUAAAAAUACCGAAAAUUCCCGAUAUCUUAAUUGAAAAGUUUAAUAGCGGACGCAGGAGAGUGCCUGCCCAAACUGUAAUAUUCAACUCGCUGCGCAUCUGGUCCAAAUACAUUGAUUACCUGGAGGCCUAUUGUCCAAAAGGCGCUACUUCAUCCAGCAAACUGUUCAAUAAGACAAAAGCAGCAUAUAACAAUGUUGUUGAUCUGAGGUUGAUUACUCCAGCAAUGGUGGAAAAUUUUGCAAUGUUUUUACAAAGUCAUCAAGAGGUAGUAGAUAGCUUUCAGGUAUAUGAAAAAACGAUCCCCCUGUUCCCACCUGAAAUCCAGUACUACUUAUGGAUUGAGUACUUGGAAGUAGCAACCUCCCCUCAAUUAUCAUCUUUAAGUCCUGAACACAUCAGAUUUUUGUUCGAAGAAGCGCUGAAUAGUUUAUGUUCGCAUGGCAUAGACUGUAAGACGAUUUUUAUUGCGUACAGUACUUUUGAAGAAAGGCAAAGCGGCUUGGUCAGGAAGAGUAUUGAAGUGUUGCAUCGAGGUGCUGUCUCGGAUGCUGUCAGUAUGAAUACGCAUCUUGAAAGUAGACUACAACUGUGGAAAAUGUGUAUCUCGAAGGCCGUAUCUACUAUGGGUCCAUCAGUAGCCAGAGACUUGUAUCAAGAGUGUAUAAAGGUCUUGCCGAACUCUAAGGCAGUUGAGUACGUGAUAAACUUUUCAGACCUUGAGGCCUCUUUGGGAGAAAUUGUACGAGCUAGAGAAAUUCUGGUUUAUGGUGCAGAGCUUCUACCUCCAUCCAGAAAUACAGAAUUAUGGAACCGCUUUGAGAUUUUCGAGUUGAAACACGGCGACAAAGAAACUUACAAAGAUAUGUUAAAGCUGAAAAAGCUACUGGAUUCUGGCAUGGUAAUUGAUUCGGAAAGUGUUAGCCAGGCGAAAGGUAACAUCAACUUCGUAGCAGCUGCAACCACACAUGGACCAAAUUCGCGCGGUACAGUUGAACAAGGUAAUUCACAACCGAUUAACCCAGACGAAAUAGAACUAGAUAUAUGA